AAGGAGGCGAGUUUCACACGUAUUGGGGUACAUCGUUAUCGCGAUUUUGCCCUAAUUUUGCACACGAUCUUCUGGAUUCUUUGAACACCAUCAACGAAUCUCCGAUUGUUGAACUCCUCACAGGUGUUUCACAGAAUUAACCGCUGAAAACCGAGAUUUGCUUCGUGGUUGGAGAAUUCGUGGAUUAUAUAUUAUAUAUCCAGAUUCGCGACUACUGGAAGGCAAAUAGUUUAUCUGAAAGUAGAUCUGAGAAAUUGGAAGCGAAUCAAUCGGCGUCUCGGAAGAAUCAAGCACCGGAAGAGGUCGACGGCGAAUAGAAGGACUACGGUAACUCGUUAUCAUCGGAGAGAAUCGGUUCUUUUGGAGGCUUUAGCUCGUGAGAUCCUUCGAUUUUCUCAUCACUAUCGAAAGUCAAGUGUUCCUGUGGAGUUAUAUCUGAUCGUAAGAAUCUGGCGAACUGAAGAAUCUACGCAAAUAGUUCGAAACAUCGAAGGACUGAGCGCGUGAAGAUGUUUCAAGGAUUUGAUUGAAGCGUUUUGCAGAUUGAAGCCGUUCCUUAGUCGGUUUGAUCUUUUUUUCAGAGUUACUGAAGAGUGGAAAACGAAAAAAAAAUAGAGAAUCUUGGCUGUGGAUUUUUGUACUGUUAUUAUAUCUUUUUGUUUCGGUGUUCAAUUCAGGCGUUUGAUAAUUUUCUUUUAUAUGAACGCCUUUAUUGAUACUACUAGUAUUGCAUUUUGUGCUUGUUCCUGAUAUAUCUUUUUUUGAGGGAAAAGAAAAAGAAUUUAUAUUAAAUUAUGGCAGUAUAUUACAAGUUCAAAAGUGCUAAAGAUUAUGACUCGAUUCCAAUCGAUGGCCAUUUUAUAACGGUUGCCUCUCUGAAAGAAAAAAUAUAUGAAUCCAAGCAAUUGGGCAGGGGCACUGAUUAUGAUCUUGUGGUCACCAACGCCCAGACUAAUGAAGAAUAUCUUGAUGAAGACAUGUUGAUUCCAAAAAAUACAUCUGUUUUAAUUCGUCGAAUUCCUGGACAACCUCGCAUGCCUAUAGUUGCAGCACCAGUUUCUGAACAACCUGAGCAAAAAAUGGUUAAUGAGCUGGAAGUUGUGCAAUCUGCAAAGAGUAACUUUUCAGGAGCUGGACUUUCUUUUCCCAACUAUCUUGAUGGAUCAGAAUAUGAUGAAUUUGGAAAUGAUUUGUAUGAAAUUCCUGAAGUUAUUCCAGUUGUUUCUAGCAACCAACUACAGGAUGCUCCUGCUCCUAGUAAAGCUGAUGAAGACAGCAAAAUUCAGGCCUUAAUUGAUACACCAGCUUUGGAUUGGCAGCAGCAAAAUUUUGAUGGGUUUGGUGGUGGUAGAGGCUUUGGGCGUGGAAUGGGUGGUAGAAUGGGUGGACGUGGUUUUGGUAGGGGUGGUGGUGGUGGUGGCUUUGAGCGGAAAACACCACCUCCAGGCUAUGUAUGCCACAGAUGCAAAACCCCAGGGCAUUUUAUUCAGCAUUGUCCCACAAAUGGUGAUCCUAAUUUUGAUAUAAAGAGAGUGAAACCUCCAACUGGUAUUCCAAAAUCCAUGUUAAUGGCUACUCCAGAUGGCUCAUAUGCAUUACCUAGUGGUGCUGUAGCAGUUUUGAAGCCAAAUGAGGCUGCUUUUGAGAAGGAGAUUGAAGGGAUGCCUUCUACAAGAACUGUUGGUGAUCUUCCUCCAGAACUUCAUUGCCCUUUGUGCAAAGAUGUGAUGAAAGAUGCUGUUCUCACCAGCAAGUGCUGUUUCACCAGUUUCUGUGAUAAAUGUAUAAGAGAUCAAAUUAUCUCCAAAGCAGUGUGUGUUUGUGGUGCAACGAAUGUGCUUGCAGAUGAUCUUUUGCCUAAUAAGACAUUAAGGGAUACAAUAAACCGAAUAUUGGAGUCUAAUAAUAGCAGUGCUGAAAAUGGUGGCAGUGCUUUUCAUGUUCAAGAUAUGGAGUCUGCUAGGUGUGCACCACCACCACAGCCGAAGAUUCCAUCACCUUCACGAUCAGCCGCCUCCAAGGGGGAGCAAGCACCACCAGCACAGAACGGGGAGGCUACAAAUAUGCAGCAGGCGGAGGUGGCGGUGGCGGCAGAACAUACUCCGGCAGCUGAGCCACCAGUCUCUGGGAAAGGAAAAGUGAUGAAAGCUCCUGAUGUAUCUGAAGCUACGUAUGAUUCAAAGAGUAUGAUGGAACCGGCUUCACAGGGAAGUGCAAGACCUGUUGAUGAUGAAGUGCAGCAGCAGCAGAAGCAAGUUCCCGGUGAGGCAGCAAAGAAGAAGAAAAAGAAGAAAGUUAACAUGCCAAAUGCAGCAGAAAUGCAGUGGAGGGCAUCUCAGGAGUUUGCAGCUGAAAACUACAUGAUGCCGCCAGGUCCUUCCCCUUACAACCCUUACUGGAAUGGGAUGCAGCCUGUAAUGGAUGCAUUUAUGGGGCCAUAUGGUGGCGGCAUGCCGCCAUACAUGGGUGGUGGUUAUGGAUUUGGGCCGAUGGAUGUCCCCUUUGGAGGCGGCAUGUUCCCCCAGGACCCUUUUGGUGCAUCAGGCCUUAUGAUGCCUCCUCCUUUUAUCCCUCCACCUCAGAGGGAUCUUGCAGAGUUAGGGAUGGGCAUGAAUGGUGGUGGGCCCCCCAUUAUGAGCCGAGAGGAAUUUGAAGCCCGUAGAGCCGAAUUAAAAUGGAAACGUGAUUUUGAGAAACGUGGCCCAAGUGGAAGCAGCAGGGAAUUACAAAAAGAAAGGGAUUUCAACAGAGAGCCACGUGGCCAUGGCCAUGGCCAUGAGGAUGCUCCUCCAAUGAAGUCGAAAUCGAGACCAAUUCCGCCGCCUAGCAGUGAUGGUCACCACCGCCAUAGAUCCGACAGGCCGUCGCCGGACCGCCGCCAUUCCCGUGACGACGGUCAUGAUGCACCUCCACAUCCAUCAUCAAAGAGGAGAUCUUCACGUGAUCGCAAUGAUUACGAAGACCGCGACGACAGCCACCACAACCGGCACCAUGACCACCAGUCACAGCCGCACAAGAGCCACCGCCGAUCCGAAUCAUCAUCCACCACCACCAGAAAGCCACCACAAGCACCACCAACAUCAGAUUCCAAAUCGGCUGCACCAGCGGCACCCGUGGCGGCAGCCAGCAGUGGUGAUCGGAAACAUAAACCGAGUGUCUUCUCUCGCAUCAGCUUCCCGGAAGAAGAAGCGGCUGCCGCCGCUGCGGCUGCAGCCGCCACAGGUUCCAAGAAACGGAAGGUCACGUCAAGUUCAACGGAAGCGCCACCUGGCGGAUCCACGGCGGUGUCAAGGAAGAGUGGCAGCUCCGCCACCACCACCACCACCACCGCUACCGCCACCGUCGCCGCCAUAGAUUAUGAGUCUAGUGAUGAUGACAGGCAUUUUAAGAGGAGACCUGCGAGAUAUGAAUCGUCUCCGGUGAGGGAACGGGAGAGGGAUAGGGGACGGGAAAGGGAGCGGGAACGUGAGCGGGAACACUACAGCAAGCACAGGUAG